UUAUGUUGUCGUCGUGCCGUUUCCUAGGAUACCAUAAACUUACCACGGUGGGGCUGCAGUGUCUGCUUUACGUAACAACAAAACCUAGUCCUAGUUUAAUCCACAAAUUACGAAGAAGCCAGUUAAUACAGCUGGUGGAGCUGAGGAAAUAAAAAGGUAAUAAAAUAAGCAGAGAAAUGUCUUGGAACUGGAACAGCCAUGGACUACCGUUUUUACCGGGAUACACUUUUCGGGAUGUGACGAAGUCAGCCUUCCAUCGGCCUCAGACACUGAACUACAAGAAUGGCUAUGCCCUGCCCCGUCGCCCCACCGUUGGCAUUGGACAGGAUCCUCUUUUAUCGGAGCAGUUGAUCCAGCAGCAAAUUAAUGAGUUGUCCUACGAGACACCAGACAUUACUUACGGCUCCUUUGAGGAGAGCCUGUUACAAGACUUCAUCCCAGCUCACGUGGCCUUUGACAAGAAGGUGCUGCGCUUCUAUGCAUACUUUGAGGAGGAUAUCCUGUAUUCCCCCAAAGAGGUGUACCGCGUGCGUCCCGUGGUCAUUUACUACUACCUGGAGGAUGACAGCAUGUGCAUUAUUGAACCCAUGGUGGAGAACUCUGGCAUACCGCAGGGAAAACGGAUCAAACGGCAGCGUCUGCCCAAGAAUGAACGUGGAGAUCAUUACCUGUGGAAAGACCUCAACCUUGGCAUGGACCUGGAGGUGUAUGGAGUCAAGUACCACAUCACAUCAUGUGACGCUUUUACAAAGGAAUUCAUGGAAAGUGAAGGUAUGCUUUUGAACGACCCCGAGCCGAUGCCAGAGGAUCCUUACAGCAAACAUCGCAAAAUCCCUCAGCCUUACUUCAUAACACCCUCUGAAUUCGACCACAUGCACCAGUUUCUCACUAUGGACCGCAAGGUGCUUCGUUUCUACGCCCUGUGGGAUGAUGCCGACUCUCUGUACGGAGAAACCAAGCCCGUCACCAUCCAGUACUACCUGGUGGACGACACAGUAGAGAUCAGAGAGGUCCACGAACCCAACAGUGGUCGGGAUCCCUUUCCUGUCCUGAUGCGCAGACAGAGGCUGCCCAAGAAAGUCAAACCACAGCCCUUCCCCAGCUGUGUGCUAGAGAUCUCAAAAGAUGAGGUGGAUGAGUUCUACUCACCCAAAGACUUCCAGGUGGGUCAAACAAUGAAGCUGCUGGGUCGUCGUUUUUUACUAUGCGACUGCGACGGCUUCACUAAAGAGUAUUUCCAAAAGAACCACCCAGACCUGGAGAUGAAACCCAUUGAAGUACCAAAGAAGGCUGACAUGCCUGAGGAGAGGAAGAAGGCGAUUCCUCCCUACAAUGGCUUUGGUUCACUUGAAGAUUCUCUCCAGAAUUGUUUGUCUCUAAUUCCCGAGCCUCCCAAGAAGAAUAUCCUGAAGAUGCUGGAGAAUGACCACAAAGUGUUGCGCUACAGUGCCAGGCUGGAAUCCCAGAAUCCUGAAGAUGAAAGCCGGCGUUUCAUCCUGUCCUACUUCCUGUCUGAUGACAUGAUCAGUAUUUUUGAAAAGUCCACUCGCAACUCCGGCAUCAUUGGUGGCAAGUUCCUGGAGAAGACACGCAUCCCCAAGCCAGGCUGUACAGUGGAAAAUCCUGAGUUCUACUCACCUGCAGACUUUGCCAUCGGAGCAACUGUGGAGGUUUUCAGCCACCGCUUUGUGUUGACCGACGCUGACCACUAUGUGCUUAAGUACCUGGAGUCCAACUCGAGCCAGAUCCCCUCUGAGACCCUGGACUCUUUGCGUCAGAAGCUGGUGGUGGGGACAGCAAAUAACCAGCCAGGUGAUGAGGCAGCAGAGCCAUCCUCUUGAUUCCAGGGAAGGAUAGAUUGCUCCAAGUGUCUCGGUAAAUCAGUCCACAAGAGUAUGAAUCAAAGCUCAAUAAAUACUCUUUGUACUGCAUAAAAAA